AUUUCUGGAGGCGAGGGGGUUACAUUUUAUACUGUUUGACCAUUUGCUCACAUGCCUGUCAUUCCGAAUUAAUCCUCGAAUUCAAGAUAGUAGGAAUUGUGAUCGUAAAUGAAGAUGGAGGUGUAUGUUGAUAAAUGAUUUAGAUUAGUAAUUGAUAGCUACCCAUAUGCCUGGACGGAACAAUAGUGGAUUUGGAGACAAAGGAAAUCUCGAGAUAGCAUGAUAGUAGAGGUGUGUCCACAGCAGAUGACGGAAGAUGUUGGCUAUGAACCAAGGAGUGGUGGAGGAAUGGCUGUCAGAGUUUAAGACCCUUCCUGACAGUGCAGUGUCCAGCUACGCAGCGUCUCUGAAGGAGAAAGGCUCCCUGGUCCCAGCGCUCUACAAAGUCAUCAGAGAGAACUACAGUGACCUGUUGGAACCCGUGUGUCACCAGCUGUUUGAGUUCUACCGUAGCGGGGAGCUUUGGCUGCAGCGGUUUGUGCUGCAGUUCCUCCCUGAGCUGCUCUGGUCCCUCCUCCUGGCUCCGUCUGCAGCCAGGGACCCACACACCUCAGGCUGUAUAGAGGCCCUGCUACUGGGGAUAUACAACCUGGAGAUCGUAGAUAAGGAUGGACAGAGUAAAGUCCUUUCUUUCACUGUCCCCUCCCUCUCCAAACCCUCAGUUUACCACGAGCCCUCCCACAUUGGCUCCCUGGCGUUGACUGAAGGGGCUUUAGCCAAUCACGGGCUGAGUAGAGUGGUGUACAGCGGGCCUCACCUACAGAGAGAAACAUUCACUGCUCAGAACAGGUUCGAGGUGCUGACCUUCCUGCUGUUGAGUUACAAUGCGUCCCUCAGUUACAUGUCCUCCUCCUCUCUGCAGUCCCUCUGCCAGCUCAGCUCCAGGGUGUGUAUCUGUGGUUUCCCACGACAACAUUUGAGGAGGUAUAAAGGCAUCAGCUCUCGUCUGACCGUCACCUCUGAGUUCCUGGUUCAACUCGUCACUGGGAUACACUACGCACUGUGUAAUGGGGAGAUGGACCUGGGUUCCAAGGCGCUGGAUGAUGUUCUGUACCGAGCUCAGCUAGAACUGUACCCUGAAGCUCUACUGGUGGGUAAUGCCAUCAAGUCCUCCCAACAGUGUGCAGCGCUGAAAUCUGGCGCUAGUAAAGAAGGAACUCGCAUCAUUCAGGUGGAGAUGACUCCUACUUCGUCUAGGAUCUCACGGAACGCAGUCACAUCACUCUCUAUCAGAGGACACCGCUGGAAACGACAUGACGCAGUGGAUUUGGGUUCCCCGGACGAGUUGAUGGAUAUCUCGGAAGUGGACGAAGGGGUGUGGCCUAAAAGAGGGUCYGGCCCGGACUACCUGACUCCGCCCACUAUCACUAUCAGCAACAGUAUCACMCCUGGGGUGGGAGGGACCAAGACAGGAAGCAGGAAGUGGCAUUUAGGYGGACGGUCGCAUAAGGAGAAGGAGACUUGUACUCCAGGGGGGCAGGCCUUGAUCGAGAACCUGGAUCUGUCAAUCAAACGUCUGACGCUGACGUCCAGCCAAUCGGUGCCCAAGGGGCCGAGCCAUAGCGCUCUAAGCAGCCUAUCGCGUACAGCCAGCGCCGUGUUCUCCCGCUCCUUCGAAGGAAACAACACUGGAGGUAACCGUGGUAACCCAGAGGCUGGCCGCUAUUCAUGCAGUGGCAGUCUACAGGAGGAGGAGCUAGGCUAUAUAAGCCCCUCCCACACCCAGCGCUCGCCAAGCAUCAGGGUGCACUUUAGGAGUGACCUGUGAACCCUGAUAUUUAACCCUUGACUUCUCACCACCCAUCUAAACCCUCUAACCCCAUGCCCCUGUACCUUUUGAUCUGGACUCCCAGCCUGCCAGUGGGACUGGAACCCAAACUCAUUAACACAUGCCCUCCCUUCUUUCCUCUCCACACCAUUCUUCAUCUCCCCCACCUCUUCUUCUCCAGUAGGACAGCUUCUCACCUCCAAAGGCCGGCUCCUCUCCUCCCCCUCCCCUCUCCCCAAAACAAGAGCCUGGUGUGAGAGAGCCGGGAGCCUGGGUCCAGCCCUCAUCCCUGGAGUUAUUGAACCACCCCCCCUGGUGGUAACUAGACAGAACUGCAGACUGGACAGAGUGACUCAUUACAACUGUUUUUGUAAAAGGUUUGGAAAUUGAGUAUUUUAAGAGACUCCUGUUUGUCCUGCUUGGCUUUCCAUUCAUCCCUCCUGACCAUGCCCCUGGUGUGUGUGUGUGUGAGAGAGAGAAUGAAUGGGAGAGUUUAGAGCCCCCAAUCCGCACCCCAAUGGUAAUCCUGUACUCCUACCCAUCAUGCACUAGGGUUUGAACAACCCCAACACAAUGCCAAGUUCACACUCCUGUUGCCAUAGCAUCCCACAAAACGAUUAAACGAGAGAUUGCUAAAUUGUAGAAACCUCUCAUAAUUUUUKGAAUGUCGUAAAUGUCUGAAAAGUAUUGAUUGAUGUUAUCCUAUUAGAAGCAAUAUUUUCUCACUGAUCUCAUCAAUAAACAAGCUUAUUGGGGGUUGUAUGUUUCAGAUCAAUAAGUUGAUUGGGGUGGGUUUGUUUUAAUGUUUGUUUUGAUGAUGUAUGAACUGUUUUUGUAAACUGUGGUAUGUUCCAAUGACGAAGAGAGAGACUAGGGUUUUUUAAAGAUACACUCUGCAAUAUGACACCAUCAUACACAGUGGGGUGACUUCCUGCUAACAGUAUUGAUAUAAGUGUAAUGGUGAAUCCCAAACCCUCACCCCUGCCAACUCGCUUGGAGGACCCUCCGUUUGUCACAUGUUGCUUUCGAAGAGUGGCGAGGGUGACUUCCAGAGAGUGGCGAGGGAUCACUAAACCCAUCAUCUUCGGGACAYGCUCGUGACUUGAAUGAUGUAAUUCAUGUUCCACGUUUAAAUAAUWAAAKGAGCWUGACAUUUUAAAUGAACAAAUCCCCCUGUUGUUUUACAAGAUAUAUAAACCUCAGUAACAGUUAAAUGUUUAAUUUGUGAGGUUUUUCAUCUGUUACACGUGUCAAUCAGACAAACAAACAACUGCAAAGGGACUUAUAAUUGGGCACGCCUCUCCAGUCUUUUGUAUCAAGUUGCGGUGUGUGUCGGGAUAGCACUUCGCUCUGCAGCCUUGCUGGCUUGGCCAACGUGGCUAUCCGAGGGUCUAAUUAGCCCCUAACCCCCUCGAUUUAAUUUUCACUCCCUCAGCUUUGGGACACUUGUGCAUACAGUAUGGCGGAGGCAUGUGUGAACACUCAAAUGAAGGGAGUGAUUCAGCCUAUGUAGUAGCAGGAAGUCACCCCACCGUGUAUGCUGAUGUCAUAUUGCAGAGUCUACCUUUUAACUGUGGUGUUCUAUGUACAGCAGACAAAGUCCGGUUAUAAAUGUGGCAUUUUCCUACGAGACCA